CACCAAACACACCUUUUGCGCCUCCCCUUCUCCCAUUCCCUAACCCUAGCGUGUCGUCACCCCUUACUCCAUUCUCUCUCCUCAUCAACCGGACAUUUUUUGCAAAUUUUCAGAGAGCCACAGUUCGUUUAGUGCUCGCCAUAUUUUAUUUUGGAAAAGCAUUAAUUGUUUCAACAAUUCACCACAUUCUCUCUACCAAAUGACGCCUAAGCAAGAUUUGAAAGACAAGGCUUCAGAUUCAUUCUUGUCUUGGCUGCGCGACAAAAAAGUACGGAUUUGCAUUGGAGUACAAUAAAUGACGAAGAUUAAGGACAUCACAAAUCGGAGCUAGAAGUUAGACAUAGGAAAUUGUAUUUACUUAUAUUAGGAAACACUUUAUGUUGUAUUCAUUUGAUAUGUAAUAAAUAUUACGUUUCUUUUGUACUUUAUUUUGGGAAAUAGAAUUUGUUUAAUUAAUUAAAGCAAUGGAAUGACGUAUUAUGGCACACUUUACCCUUCAAAUAAGCGUUAGGCCUACCUCUGGCACAAAGAGGUCAUAUGCAUAUUAGGACGCGUUAUUGUUUGAUAUACCCAUGUACAUUUGUUUGACUACUUGUUUGAUUUUAUUUGAUGAAUUAUUUGCUACAUGACUUACUUGACUUUAAGUGAUCAUGGCUUUGCCUAGACUGACAUCAUUUGCACUUUAUGUUUCUUUUUAUUUUUAUUAAAAGAGUUGAUUCGUGUUGACACUCGAGCUGGCCGGCCACCCUUACCUCACAAGGUCGAAGACGUCAUCACUAUCUCGACGUACCUGGGUUGUGCAAGGAAAAGAAAUUAUCAUGACUGAUCCAGCCACAUCCGUUUCAACUGGUUUGGAAAACAUUGUGAUCUCUAACGAUCCUCCCGAGACUUCUGAACAUAGAAAUACUAUGCAACAUGACAAACAUAUCGCCCGCCUGACUCAAGAGAUUCAGGACCUACGUGGUGAACUAAAUCGGGUUAGGGACCUGACCAAUUUAUCUGUUACACUCCAAAGUCCACCUCCUGAACCUAGAACUGUUGCACCAAACCCACCUCAUUUUCCAUCACUCGAAUCUCCAAUUCCUGAACAUUUUCCUUCACAAAACAAUGCACCUACCAACAACAACUUUCUUCCUAUCAUCCUCACAAAUCCACCAAAUCCAUCAUACGUCUAUACUCCUCCACAAAGUCAACCACCCACCUACACUACCUAUGCUACUCCUAAUCCACCACCCGUCAACCCACUAAAUCAAUCACAAGUUCACUCUUCUUACAUUCCUUUACCUACCAACACUAAUCCACCACCUACAACUACUCCUCUAAACCCACCAAACAAACUACCUACAAACACCACUUAUAACACACCACCUCCAGUCCAAAAUAUUCCCACCGUCCAAACUUAUCCAACCUAGCAUAUACAAGGGGCGCAUUUUGUCACUCCUAAUGUAUAUGCAGCGGAAACACAAGCCUAUACCAACCCAGUAACGGUCAGGUUCCAACCCGAGGUAGAUCAAUACGAGGAAAUGGAGAAAGAGGCAAAAGUAAGGGCAGAUGAUAUGCUGUUAAAAGAUAUCCACAGUCUCAAGGAGGCAAUGAGAAACCUGCAAGUUGCUAGGGGAACUAAAAGCGUAGAAUACGAAGAUCUGUGUGUGCAGCCUGAUGUCGAUUUGCUCGUAGGCUACAAACCGCCGAAGUUUGAUACUUUCAAUGGAACCGGCGAUCCUCAUACACACUUAAGGGCUUAUUGCGACAAACUGGUUGGAGUAGGUAGAGAUCAGAACAUAAGAAUGAAGUUAUUCAUAAGAAGCUUUUCUGGUGAAGCUCUUACUGGUAUACACAACAAGACGUCCGCAAGUGGCAUUGUUAGAGCGACAUGGCCCAAGACUUUAUGGACCGAUUCAGUUUCAACACCGACAUCACACCGGACAGAGUCUACAUGACUAAGUUAACUAAGAAGUCAACUGAAUCGUUUCGUGAAUAUGCACUGCGUUGGAGGUCAGAAGCAGCCAGGGUACAACCCCCGAUGAAUGACAGAGAAAUGACUGCUACCUUCAUUGAAUGCCAGGCCGGCAUAUUUUAUGAGAAAAUGAUAGGUAUGAUGGGACAAAAAUUCACAGAAGUUGUCCGAAUGGGUGAAGCCUUGGAAGAAGGAAUCAAAUCUGGAAAAAUUCAGGAUCUUACGGCUUUGCAAGCUGUAAACAAAGCCAUUCAAUCUGGUUCUAUCAACGGGCUUAAAAAGAAGAAAGAAGAUGUUGCUACGGUCAUGAAUGUCCAAGGACAUAAGCCAAGCCAAGCGAUCACAUACUUCAACCAUCCACAACAACCUUUCUACCCUUACCACUAUGUUGAACCCUACCAAGCUCCACUAUCUCCUUACCCUGUCUACAACGCCCAAGCAAAUCACUACCAACCCCGAGGACCUCACCCUCAAAACCCACGUCCAUACCAAUCUGUUCAAGCUCCCACUUACCAAAAUCGACCACACACCACACCUAAAGCUCAUCCAAAUCCUGACAUCAAAAACACCCGUAAUAACACUCGGUUCGCUGAACCUUUGGCUCAAUUGUUUGAAAGAAUGAAAGCAGCCGGCGUGAUACAGCCAAUUGAAGGGAAAAUUCCUGAUCCCAUUCCAAGAUGGUUUGAUGGUUCCAAGCGCUGUGCUUACCAUUCUGGAGUCGCUGGGCAUGACACUGAGGAUUGCUAUGGCCUCAAAAACAAGAUUGAAGCCUUGAUUAAAGAAGGAGCAAUCCAACUUACUGGAGCUCGGCCCAAUGUGGACAACAACCCUUUACCCACUCAUGAAAAUGCCAACGUGAACAUGAUCACUGUUGAGAAAGACGGAGAUGUGAAAGUCAUCAUGCCAUCAACCUUUAUCACUCCCAUGGAAACAGUCCAAAGACGAGCAACAAUGGAGAUUACUUCUACAACUUCUCACAACACCGAGACACCGACCUUCUGGGGUGCCGAACCAGGAGAAACUUUGAAGAAUUGGGCUUGUACUCUGUCCCUGGUUCGCCGGGAGUCUUGAUAGAUGAACAUGUAGUAAACUUUUUGUGAUAACACGAUUUUAAAAUUGAGGCUUAAAUCGUGCCCCAAAACUUUUAUUGUUUUGCCUCAUUUUUUUUUGGAAGCUUAA